GGUGGCUCAGCUCCACAGGUGGCUCAGCUCCACUAGAGGCCUCAUCAGGAACACACAACCAAAGUGCAAUAGGAUGAAGCUUUUCAUUGGCAUCCUUUUCUGCUCCCUGGUCCUGGGUGUCAGCAGCCAAAGAUGGCGCUCAUUCUUAAAGGAAGCUGGACAAGGGACUAAAGACAUGUGGAGAGCCUACUCUGACAUGAGAGAAGCCAAUUACAAAAAUUCAGACAAAUACUUCCAUGCUCGAGGAAACUAUGAUGCUGCCCGGAGGGGGCCUGGGGGCGCCUGGGCUGCUAAAGUCAUCAGUGAUGCCAGAGAGGAUAUCCAGAGACUCACAGGCCACGGAGCAGAGGACUCAAGGGCUGACCAGGAGGCCAACAGAUGGGGCCGGAGUGGCAAAGACCCCAAUCACUUCCGACCUGCAGGCCUGCCUCGCAAGUACUGAGCUUCCUCUCCACUCUGCCUUCAGGAGACUGGGCUGUGAGGCCCUGAGGGCAGGGUUAUGUUUUGAAGCGGAGUUACUGAAUUCUAUAUCCCCAGUACUUCAACAAGAACACAUAAAAAUGCUUAAUAAAUUCUUGCAAAAUGCAA